GUGCCAACAACCGUUGCCUACACCGGAACGAAGCCAUCCAUCGUCGUAGACGGGGCCGGAGCAAAGCUAUACAUCGCCGGAGCCAAGGCUGCUGUACCACUGGAAACUGUGAGAUUGACCUUUGCCUACACCGGAGUGAAGCUAAUCAUCACUGGAUCAGCAUAAUUGAAAUGUAGAUUUUGCUGAAUAUAGUUAAGGAGCUGAAAACCAAAAAAGAUCAUGAGUUCUUGAAUAUUCCUAAGACUGAAAGGAUUGCCAACUUCUCAGAUUUCAGUUGCUCCUAUUGAUCAGGAGAGCUUAGAGUAUGCUUCUGCCGUGGAGGAUCAGUCAUCAGAAACUGCAGAUUCUGAAAUUCGGAUUUUGACAGAGCUUGUGACAGUCUUACCUGUUGAUCAGACAGAAGCUAUGGACAAAGAUGAGUUGUUAAAGAUGGUGCUUUGGGUUUUUAGCUAUGGCUCACUGGUGUGGAACCCUGGAUUUAACUUUGAUGAAAGGAUUGUUGGUUAUAACAAGGACUACAGACGGGCGUUUAAUAUUGCAUGCAUAAACCACAGAGGUACACUACAUCCAGCUAGGACCUGCACCUUGGAGGCCAAGAAAGGGGCAAUCUGUUUAAGUAGAGGUUAUGGCCAGAUGAGGAGAAUUCAUGACUAAAGAUUAAGAGGAUACACAAAUCUUUUUACUUUGUGUAAUUAAGCAAAAAAAUAUCUUGUAAUAAAAGUAAA